ACGCUAUCUUCUUCCUAAGUAACCUUAAUACCUACUCCUCGUACUAACACAGAUUGUUCCCGCUAGUUACCGGUAAAUUAGGCGCUACUUUAUUUUCAUUGUAGUCUUUUUCCCAUUUUCUCUCUCCAAGAUUGCGAAUCAGCAUAUUCCGUAUAACCAUCCAGGAACAUCACCAAUUCGACCCCCAACAGCAGAAAUCAUGGUUUGGAAGAACAAGUCUCGCAUCCCAGUCGAGGCCAAGUCCUCGACUUUCAGACAGUUACUACCUCUCCUAAUCCUUCUCGUCGUUCUUGGCGGCGUCGCCUUCGUCGGCUACCAAGUAUACCUCGGGGCGACCAAGAUCCGCGACAGUACCGAGAAGCGCAUGGCUCGGAAGAACCUCGUCUUCACCAAAGACGGCCUGAAGGUCGGCGUCAAGCACGUCGAGCAGGAGAAAUACGUCGAUGCGACUCAGAGCUGGGUCGUUAAGGCCUGGAAUCUGGGGAACCCUACGCCUCCCGUCAAGAGGAGGUAAUAGUUCGGAAUCGAAAUACUGCGCACUUCAUGAGGCAGGUUCUGCUCGCCGAGUGCAUACGAUGUAGACGACUUCGCGAUACCCCAGAGGCGUCCGGUGGGCUUAUACGAUUUGACGGCUCUUUUCUUAUUAUAUUUGUUCUACGUGUAC